AUGAGGCAUUUGUUCCACAGUAAAGACCACAAGCAGAACCAAUCGCUUCGACUUCAAAAGGAACUGCAAAAGGAGGAGGAGACACUCUGGAAGAUUGAACAAGAGAAGCGAAAGUUGCAAGAGGAAUUGGACAUGAAAAUGGCAAGGAAGCUGCAAGAGGAAAUGGAGCAUCGUGAACAGGAUCCCCAACGACAAGAGCAGCAACAGCAACCUGAAUUGACUGAUGAAGAAGUUGCACGACGUUUGCAAGAGGAACUGAACCGAGGACAAUCACCAACACACGAUGCUUCACCUUCACCUUCGCCUGCACCAGCACCAGCAGCACCCCCUCCACCAGUGGAUACACGUUCUAAUCAAGAGCUCUCUGAUGAACAAUAUGCAAGGAUGCUACAAGAACAAUUUGAAGCUGAGGAACGGCAAGCACAAGAACAGCGUGGAUCUUCUUCCUCUCCAGCUUUACCUCCACGUACAUUGUCAUCAGAUAACACGACGCCAUCCUCGUCAAUUGCUCCACCACCAUUACCAUCCAAGCCAGUUGCAUACAAUCAUUCGACUCAUUCUUUGGGUCAUGGCUCCACAUCUCGUCCACCAUGGAUCAAUCACGCGAGCAGCAGUUCCACAAGUAGCAGCAUCAAUCUUCCCGAUCAACCAGUAACACAACAACCACCACCACAACCACAAAGUUAUCCAUCAACAUCUUCUUCUUCUUAUCCUCCUCAACCUCAACCUUCGCAACCUCAACCUCCUCAACCAGCUAGCCCUGUUGCACAUACAGUGUAUAGUAAUGCAUCAAUACCACCUCCAUAUCAACCACCGGCAACAUCAUCAACAGGUUAUCCACCUUAUCCAUCUUCACCUUCACAACAACAACAACAACAACCCCAAUGGGCAGCUUAUCCUUCACCAACACCACAUCCACAGCAAUCUUAUCAUACGCAACCUCCUUCUUCUCCGGCUCAGCAACAUCCACAACAACCUUAUCCUACGCAGCCUCCUCCUUCUUCGCCUGCUCAGCAACAUCCACAGCAAUCUUAUCAUUCGCAGCCUCCUUCUUCGCCAGCUCAGCAACAACAGCAUCAUCCUAUUACUCAACAACAAGAGCCAUCCACGGCUACCAUGGGAUCAACCCUUUUCUCACCAAAGAAUGAUCCAGUCAUGUUCAUUGUGCCACCCGCUCAACAACCAACCCAGCAACAAGACGCAUCUCAACAUCCAGCUUUUAUGCCAAUGCCAGCUCCUGAAGAUCACCAACGUACCAUGUAUCCUCCUCAGCAGCCAUCUAAUCCUGUAAAUCAGCCACAACAGCAGCCACAGCAACCAUAUCCACAGCAACAGCAGCCACAGCAACCAUAUCCACAGCAACAACAGCCACAACAACAACAGCCAUUGGAUGAAGAGUAUCGUUCUGUCAAACCCGCUCAAUCAUCAUCGUCAAGAAGAGUACGAGAUCCUACACCUCCACCUAGUCGCUCUACUACUCGUGCAUCAGCAGGUUCAGCCAACAAGAGUGAUACAAACCCAUUUGCUGAUAGUUUCGCUGCUGAGGUGUCAGAGGGUGAAUCGUCAUCAGAGGAAGAGGAAGAGGAAGAGGAAGAAAGGUCGACCCAUAAGGAUGAGGAUGCACCUACUAUCACCAAAAAAGUUGGCAAGGACAACCAACAACAACAACAACAACAACAACAUGCAUUUGAUCCUUCUCGAUACUUUGAUGAAGAGGACCUUGUGGAUUUGAAUGCACCAGCUCAUCAUGAUGAUGACGAUGAUGAUGGUAGUUCAGAUGAUGGUAGCUAUGUGGGACCCGUGUCAUCCAAACCUGCAGUGGAGAUGGCUGUGCAAACCGAACCUGUCAGCGCUGAAAAGGAUCUUGAAUCAAAGGCAAAUGAGAAUGAGGUAGAUGCGGUCAAGGAUGCUGGUGUGGAUAGCAAAGGUAUCCAGGCAACCCAAACAACAUCAUCGAAUGAAAAGGCAAAGGACAAACCGGUUGUUCCUGAAGAAUCGCUUUUGGACAUUGAUCUUGAACCAACACCCGUACAACGACAUGAACCUAGAGCACGUGCGAUAUCGAAUGUGGAUACGAAGGCUGAAAUUCAACGACGACUUGCUGAACAAAUGAAGAAAUCUUCGGCUACAAGAGUGGAUCCAACAUUUGGUAUUAGCAUGGGACCACCUCCAGCUGCAGCAAGGAGACGUGAUGAUUCCGAUAAAACACAAGAGGAAGAGGAAGAGGAACGAGCUAAAGACGACAAAGUCCAAGAGACUCUUGAACAUCAAGAAUCCAUGCAUUCACUUACACCUGGACCAUCCAUGUUUUAUCACCAUCAUCGUUCGCAAUCAGCAAGUGUUCUUGUUCCUCCAGGCACAGGUCAUAUUCCACAAGCGACACCUUACAUGAAUCAUGCAGCAUAUGAUGAUAUGGCAUACACACCAACACCCGUCGUCUAUCCCGCAAAUGUGUUGAGAGCAGGUGCACCGCCAACCAUGAGCCCAGAACCUAAUGAAGCAGGGUUAGCUACAAUGGACAAUACGUAUGAAGUGCCAUCAAACGAAUAUGGUUAUUAUCACGUGGAUAGCAAUGGAUACCCUACCAAGGAUGACAGCGAUGCCAAGUCAGUUAAAUCCAACAUGACAGCGAAUCCAAAGGAUAAGGCUCUCCCAAAGAUACCCAAGAGUGACCCUAACCACCGACACAUUACUGUGCCAAGUGUUAACCCUGGUCAAAGGGUAUGGAUCCGGCUUAAUCCAACCGACACUGGCAAAGCACUUGCACAACGCAUUCAUGUCGUCGCUACCUACAAAUCUCGCAAGAUUCUUUCCAUCAAGACUACGAGUGGACGUGUGAUCCCAUUGGAUGAUACACCUGUGUUUGAUGAUUGGACUGAGAUUGCAAAUCUCGAAGAUGGCGCUCCUUGGGAAGUUGAAUGGGGCCAACUCGACGAUCCUUUUAGUGGUGGAAGGGCGCUAAUCAAGUCAAUCAAGGCUAGCUUGUUGGCAGGCAAAGACUGA